CAUGUAUCGCUCCUAUCCAUACGAAAACUGAGGUCCCAUACGUAUUAUUAAUUUGAUAAUAUCAUUUGGACAGUGUUCGAAGUAGCGUCGUCUGAAGAAAAAACUGAAAAUCUUUAACCGACCAAAAUAUUUGAAAGACGAACGUAUAUAAUGGCGAAGAACCAAGUGUCUGACAAAGAAGUUGAUAAUAUCUCUACUGAUUGUGAGAUGACUCAAUCUUUACCAUAUUUACCUUCGUGUACCAAAAGCUAUUCUGAGUCACGAAUGGAAUUCACCACAUUUGAAUAUACAUGGAAAAUUGUAGGAUUUGAUCGUUUUUACAAAGCCACAAGUACACUACUAUCUUCACCGUUUGCUGAAGAUCAAUUCAGGAUUGAAAUGAAUAGUUCACAUCAAGAUAAAAUAAUAAAAUUUCAUAUACGUACUCUUACAGCGUUUACCGGUUCGUGUACUACUACUGUAACAGAUAGUAACAUAUGUUGCAGCGAGUCAAAUAAAUCGUUAAAAUAUGUUUCUGGUAUUAUACAUGAUAAGACAUUGUUAGUUGAAAUUAAGCUAUCAUGCCCAUGGUAUUAUGAUUGUGUGAUACAUUGCGAGAUUGAAAUUUAUCAAAAAUUAAUAAGUAACACAAUGCAUAUGGAUUUACUAUCUUCCUUAGCAAUAUUCAAAGACAUGAAACGUCUUAACAACUCAACCCUUAAAUUUGAGUCUAAGAACGAGAAGUCAAUCAAAUUUGUAGUAGGAGAGGAAUCAUACAUUAUAUCAAAAAAGUUGUUGUGGGCUACCAACAGUAGCUACUUUAUGAAUGUCUGUCUUACGCAUGAAGGGGAGGAAAAAGAUAUGACAAGUGAAUUAGAUGAACUUGGUGAGAUGCAUACUUUUAAAAAGAUUUUAUCAUAUAUUUUAACUGGCUCAUUGUCAAUAAACGAAAGUGAUUAUUACAUGUUUAAAGAAUUGUUAAAAACAUCUGAUAAAUAUGAUGUACCAACUUUAAAAUUUAUAUGUGAACAUUACUUGGUACGUUCUUUUACGGUUGACAAUACUGUGGAACUUGUACAGCUUGCUUUUUCGUCAAACGCAAAAGUUUUAGAAACACAUUUGGCAACUUUCAUUAAAUUCCAUGAAAAAAUAAUUACGAAUUCUAGAGUAUUUCGAAGUCUACCACCAGAAGAUUCAAAUAAGAUCAUGGAACUGAUUAAGAAAAGUGAAAUACUCGAAGUCAAAACUUGUGAUACUGUUCAGUGA